AUGGAUUUCACGUACUGCGAAUUCCCCAGCACCGUUUCCAUUGACACCUUCAAGGCCUAUUUCAAUCUCACCGAUGUCAAGUUGCCCAAAGUCGGCGGUAAAUCAUUGGACAACAGCCAGAACCCCAGUGAAGUUCAGGAAGGCCAGGCAAAUCAAGCGAAAAGUCUGCGACAUCUCGUCCUCGACGCCAUUGUUGAGAAUUGGAGUGAGUUGCCUCUAUACCAGCAGCUGAGGCGGCGCGAGGACCGCAACUACCUGCUCAGCCACCUGGACACUCAGUUGCCAUUGCAGCUGCUCAGUACUUAUAUCCGCGAAGACUUCUUCUGGCAACGCUGCUAUGGCCAGCGCUGGAGAAGCGCCCCGUUGCAGGCGCGUGGUCGGGAACGGCCCUGGAUUAACAUCUACAUGGAGCGACAUGUACAGGAGUUCAUCGAGAAUAUGCAGACGAGCGACUACGAGCAGGAGGGGAACGUACAGGUCGCCCUGGACAUAUGUGCGGCGUACAUAAAUCAGUUGGAUAUAAGUUUCCUUCAACCGGCCCCACCCACAACCGAUGCGAAUGAUCACAUUCCACUUGAUUACCUGCUGAGCAAUCUGCCGGAUUUACGCCAACUGCGACUGAGCUUCAGCACCAAGACGGCUGGCUGCAAUUAUCAAAUGGGCUGCAACCAGCUGACGGCCAGGGACAUUAUUCACUUGGCCAAGGGACUCAGCCAGUGCCAUGAGCUGCGGAAGUUCAGCCUUCACAACACGAAACUGAUGCCGUAUCAGCUGCGAUUUCUGGCCCACAGUCUGGACAAGGGAUGCCACCACCUGAGCGAGAUGUCCCUGCUGCACUGUGCCGUGGGGGAUGCGGGAAUUCGCUGCUUUUUGGAGACAUGCAGCAGAGAGUCCUUUAACACGCUCACCAUUCUCGAUUUGACCAACAACAAGAUUACUGAAGAAGGUGCCUACAUACUAAGUCGUACCUUAAAGCACGUUCCCCUGCAGCGACUUGUGCUGCGCUUGAAUCCCAUUCAAAGCGACGGAGCUGCCGCCAUAUUCAAUACCCUGCAGGUCAUGCCCAUCAAGGAGCUGGACCUGGGUACCUGCGGGAUAACAGAGACCAUUACAAAGCUAUUUAUGAUGCUGGUUUGUCAGCACACGACCUUGCUGGACAUUGAUUUAUCUAACAAUUCUGUGGGAGAGGAAUUUGGCAAACAUCUUAUGAAAAUCAUAAGCUGCAAUAAAGUCAUCGAGAAGCUGGACCUACGGAACACGGGACUAUCAUUGGAGAUGCGUAAGAAAUUUCAAGAAUUUCUUGUCAAAAAUGUAGAACGCAAGAAGUACGAGGCCCUGAAGCAAAAGCAACGCGAUAAGUUUAAGGCCAUGAUGCAGCUAUAA